AUGGAUCCAGAGUCGCUUCUUGCCGGAGAGCUCUCGGACGAGCUGCUUCAGCUCUACCAACGCCCGCUUGAUGAAGUUAGGCAUAGCCCGUGGGUGAGCAGCCCAUGCCUGCCGAAAGCUGUCUUGCUACAGUCUAUCCCUGCCCCGUCCCAUCCUUCGUUUCGACCACUUCACCUGCUCUACGUUGCCCUUUCUGAGCUUCCUGGACCAUGGCCUACAUUUGAGCUCGUCAAGUGCCACACCAGAGUUUCCAAAUACCUGCCUGACAGUGCUAGGAGUGGUGAAGGCGAUCAACAACUCCAGUGGCUUGUCGAUGCUACGAGCCAACUGGUAAAAAGAUCCUAUGGUGGGAUUGGUGACUUUUUGGGAGACGCUCCCCGUCCUGCUCUCCUCGCGACAGAUUCACGAAGCUACAUCACCCACCAGGGAUUGUCCAAGUAUGUGGCCAACUUUCGUCUACCUACACGCGAUGCGCCGAGAAAACCUACUGUUGCAAUCGCCCUCCCCAAUGGGCCACUUCUUGCUGCCACUUGUGUCGCGGUAGCCACCCACUACACCGCAGCCCCGAUCAAUCCAGUGGCAGGCCAGGAUCAGUUUCGGGCAGAUGUCGAAAAUUCUGGCGCCAGUCUGAUCUUAACGACCCUGGACGACUGCGAGAAGUUGGGGGUACAAGAAUGGGCGCCUUCAAGGGGGGUUGAGAUCGUGGUGGUGGACUGGGAUCAAAGAGACGGCAUAGCUCUGAGGUCGUUGGAGGGACGGGCCUUGGCUUGCUCCGAAAAGCCGCCUGAGCCUAACCGAGCCGACGACAUUGCCCUGAUUCUAUUCACAAGCGGGACGUCUGGGACGAAGAAGAUAGUACCUAUCACGGUGCACUCGAUGAUUGCCGGUAUCUUGUUUGUCAUGGAAUCCUGGGGCUUGACUGAGACGGAUGUCUGCCUCAACAUGAUGCCCUUGUAUCAUGUAGGAGGGUUGAUUAGAAACAUCUUUGCGCCCCUAUUUUCUGGCGGUUCCACGAUAUGCUGCUCUGCGUUUGAUCCCAAUAUGUUUUGGGAUGUUGUGGAGGAGCUACAUCCUACUUGGUACUAUGCUUCUCCCUCUAUGCAUUCAGUGAUCCUCGAACAAGCUUCCACACGCCAAGAGUCUCUGGAAAAGAGCCGAAUAAGACUUGCGUGUAAUGCGGCAGGUGGACUGUUGCCAUCCUUGGCCUGCCAGCUCCGCGAUACAUUCAGCUGCGUUGUGCUCCCCAGCUACGGAAUGACAGAAUGCAUGCCCAUUUCGACUCCCCCGCUUGAUUACAAACUUGAUAGGGAGGGGACGUCUGGUAUCAGUACCGGCCCCGAGUUGGCCAUUCUUGAUUGGAAUGAGGGGAAAGUGGAAUGUGGUACCGUUGGCAGAAUCUGUGUGCGCGGCGAACCUGUUUUCCCUGGCUACCUCAUGCCGGAUGGAACCUACGACAAAUCCCCUUUCAAUAAGCACGGGUGGUUUGAUACAGGUGACUUGGGUUACAUGGAUCCAGAGGGCUACCUCUACAUUACUGGCCGAAGUAAAGAGGUGAUCAACCGUGGCGGAGAGUUGAUCUCUCCGUUCGAGGUCGAGAACGCGAUCUUAUCGGCGUCCAUAUCAGCAGAGAGCCCUAUACAGGGACGUAUCAGUCAAGUUCUUGCAUUUUCUGCUCGCCAUGAUGUGCUUCAAGAAGUGGUAGCGGUCGUGCUGGUCACGCCCCCAAAAGUCCCAAGAGUUGACCUAAGAACUCUUCACACUGUUCUGCGGUCCUCAUUACAACAGGUGAAGUGGCCCAUGCUGGUUGUUUACAUGGACGACUUGCCCAAGAAGAACAAUAAGGUGUUGCGCAUAAGCCUCUCUCAGCGAUUGAAAUUACCAGGUGUGAGCGAUGAGACGAAUUAUCUUGCUCGACAUUGGGAGGCAAGGUGUCCACCGCCGGAUACGGCACUGUCAGUUGGAAUACCUUCAAAGUUAUGCCCAGUCGACCCUCUCGCUGUAUACCACAACCUUAAGGAGAUACUUCCUCAAAACUUGCGCCACUAUUACCGAAAUUCUUCUGACAUCGCUGCCGCCAGCCUUUUCAUCGCUCCGUGCAGAUCUGGGGGGCCUGCUUUAGACCCUCGACUGGCAGAUACUGUCAAAUCCCACAUGGCAAAAUCUUUACAUAAUUACUUGGUGCCAGAUCAAGUUCAAUUGAUGAAGGAACCAUUACCCACUCUCCCUGGUGGCGAAGUGGAUGAAAAGAAGCUUGACAAAGCCAUCAACGAGCUUCAGGAAGCGACUUUGGCUAAGCUGACUGCCUCUGUAGAAGGCAGAGUGACGAAGGCCUUUGCCGACGUUCUGGGAUGCCGGCCAGACGACGUGUUCCCAAAUGCCGACUUCUUCAGUCUUGGAGGUGACUCGCUUCGCGCUGGUCGUCUAGUAUCACUGCUUCGUACUACUUUCAAUGUCCAUCUGUCUAUCAACCUUAUCUUCAACCAUGGAACAGUCAAGGCCAUAGCCUCGCACAUUGAAGGCCUUCAGGGAGAGGAGGUAGAAGUCAAUACCAAGCCUGUCGGAUGUGCGGUAACACACAGCUCUACAAAUCCCUUCUUGAUGCUGCUGCAACUCUUCCCGAUGGUCGUCGCCUACCCGCUCCGCCGGGCCCUGCACCUGUCUAUUUUCAUGUUAGGUCUUUCGUAUACCCAGGGCUGGCCCACCAACAACUCAUUGGUCGGCAGACUACUCAACCUAACGAUUUCGCUCUUGUUUUCUGGGGUGGUGAUGCGGGCCUUCACCCCCUUUGUCGGCAUUUUGGCCAAGUGGCUGAUCAUCGGUCGUUACCGUGAAGGCCUCUAUCCUAUGUGGGGGCUUUAUCACACGAGGUGGUGGCUUGUCGAGAAGAUACACGCUAUCUGUGGUCUCGGGUUCUUCACUACGUGUGAUGCUACUAUGCGUAUGUACUACCGUCUCAUGGGAGCUCGCAUUGGAAAGGAUGUCAAGCUUUCCAAAGCGUCUCUGGGCGAAUGGGAUCUACUGGAUAUCCGAGAUGGCGCAACAUUGGCGGGGUGUAUCUGUCGUCCGUUUGCUGCUGAGGGUAACACCUCAAUGUACUUGGGCCGGAUCACCGUCGGGGAGAAAGCAUAUGUCGGAACAUCCUCAAUUGUAGCUGCAGGAUCUGUCAUCCCUGCCAAUACAUGUAUUGGCCCCAACUCUUCCAGUUGGGAGCUGGACGAUGCCGAUGAGUCCAACCGCGGACUGGGGCACUCGGGUGCGCCAAAGCCACAUUGGCUGCUGGCUGGACUCUUCACCUUUCCCCUUAGUGUGGUUGGUAAUUUCGCUGCCAUGAUGCCUUGGUUUGCUGGUCUUCUUGGAAUGGUGAUCGAUAAGCCAGCCCAAGGCAGCAUGGCCAUUCGCGCCAUCCUGAACUGGUUCACUGAUGCUGAUCGAGUCGGCUACCACUAUCUAGCACUUGUUCUGAGAAGUCUCUUGUCGCCCUUCAUUAUAUUCGGUUUCACCGUUCUUGUAAAGCUGUGUCUUGAUGUGAUAUUUGGUCAAAUGACUGGAGGACCGGCGGAAGGCCGCGGAGCCAUUGCGACCUGGCGAGCAUCCCUCAUCAAAACUCUGCUCCCUGAGAGACGCCUCCAUGACGUGACUGCUUUAUUUGGCCAGCACUACGAGGCUACUUCAGUGGCUAUCCGAAUGCUGGGAGGCAAGAUCGGAAAGCGCGUGUAUUGGCCAGGCACUGGGCCCUCAAUUGGAGAUUACCAUUUAUUGGACAUUGGGAACGACGUUGUGUUUGGAUCCAGAUCGCACCUUGUCACAUCGGAUAAAACAGGGUCUGAGAAAGUCAUUGUCCGCGAUCGCGCGAUGAUUGCCGACCGAGUCUGCCUUCUCCCUGGUGUUGACGUCGGGGAGAGAACUGUGAUGGGCUCAGGCGCACUCACGAAGCGUGGGGCACUGUACCCGUCAGAUGGCACCUAUGUUGGCUCCAAGGGAGGUGAUUCCGUUUGCUUGGCAGCUGGUCGUGAGAAGUCAACUAUAAGGUUCCGUGCAGCUCCCCACCAUAGUCGAAACGGCAGCGAAACGACAUUGGAAGCGGGAGAAGAUGUUGAGCAGAAGAGGGAGCCAAGGUCCCAGGUGCAACACAUGAGUAGCGACGACACUCUCGCCGAGACGCGAAGGAACUCUGCGAAGAAGUCACACAGAACCUCUGAGCGCUAUGUUGGCUCGGACUCGGAGACGGAGCGAAGUUCAAGCGAGGCAUCCAACGAUUCCUCUCCGUUCGGCAGAGCAUUUCACAUGAAGAUUGCCCCCUACCACGUUUUUGGGCAUUUCGCCAUCUUCUGCUACUCAUCAUUCCUCACGGUAUUCGCAUCAUUCUUCUGGAACGUGCCCAGCAUCUCAGCUGCGCAGGUUGUUGACGUGAUUGUGCGCCGCUUCGUACCUCAAGUCAGCUUCUGGUACGACUGGCUCGGUAUCUUCCUGUUGAACUGGGUGGUCAUUGCGAUCAUCACUACGCUCCAUGCCGUGCUGGCCGUGGCCAUCGUGAUAGCUGCGAAAUGGAUCCUGCUUGGACGACGCAUGCCUGGGAACUACGACUGGGACAAGUCGCCGUACUGCCAGCGAUGGCAGCUCUUCCUGUCUAUUGAGAAGAUUCGGCGCCAGUGUUACCGUGGCAAGGGCGUUCUGGGAAUGUUGACUGGUACUCACUGGACUGUGAUGUACUUCCGCGCCAUGGGAGCCAAGAUCGGCAAGGACUGUGCUCUGUUUGCCAAUGGGCGACCAAGUCUGGCCUUCACUGAGCCAGACUUGAUCAGCCUCGGGGACAGAGUCGUGGUAGAUGAUGCCAGUGUGGUCGCUCACAUAAACACUCGGGGCAAGUUUGAUCUCAACAGGCUGGAGAUUGGAGACCGGUGCGUCCUGCGAACUGGUAGCAGACUCUUGAGUGGUGCGACGAUGAAGAAUGACAGCUGCUUGUUGGAACACACCCUGAUCAUGGGCGGUGAUGUUGUGGAGGCAAACCAAACGAUGCAGGGGUGGCCCGCGGAGAGGUUCAAAGGGCAGAGAGUCAAAUGCGAGGCGAUACCCGAGCAGGUAACCGAGAAAGCCUGA